ACCAGCGAGUAUGGGUCCGACUUCGACGCUGAGGAAGACGUUCUAAUUGGCAACUUGCUCAACGAUAUAGCGGCUACAGCUCCCACAGAAAGAAGUUUGGUUUAUACGAGCCCCGAGGAUGGCCCUGAAGCAGGGCCGGCAGUACUUAUACAUCGUUCGCCACCCUCUGCCCUGGUGUGGCUCAAGAAGGGUGCAGUGGUUGAGCUUCAGUGUGCCCAGGUCGAGUGCACCGCUUCAGCUGAGAAACAAGGUCACAUCGCGUUGGACAGCACGGCGAGGGCACCCGGCAGCCCAUGACCGCUCUGUCGCCGAACAAGCAGGCCAACCUGAGCCGCCUGACGGCUCGCGCGUGCCUUCAGACGGCAGCUCGACCGACGAUACGCGCUCCCCACUUGAACGAUUCCGCACGAAACCACAAAAGCCACUUUCUGUGACCGACCUGGUCUCCCCUGCCUGGUGCGAGCUGCAAUACUGGUUUGUGCUGACCAAAUAUGGCCGGAAGCCUCGAACCACGGCUAUGAAGCAAGGCUCCAAGGUCCACAGGGAGUUGGAAGAGCAGGUGCAUGUGUUCGUACCGGUGGAGACCCGAAGCAACGAGGACCGGUUUGCUCUGAGACUCUGGAAUACCAUAUCAGGCUUGCGCACGCUACGGGAGACGGGUUUGACACGUGAGCUGGAGAUAUGGGGAGUCAUUGAAGGGCAAGUGGUCAAUGGAGUCAUCGACGAGCUUUCCUAUACAAGCCCUGAUCCGGCAUUUGAAGAUGCGCUCGCGAAGCCGGGGAAGGUUGAUGCUCAUGGCCAGACAACCAUAGAGUUCGCUUUUGCCAAUGCUGAGGGCAACGGGAAAGGGCCCACCGGCGAUCAAACACCAAAGCAUACCGUGUAUAUCGCAGAUGUCAAGACGAGGGGCGUGAAAACGGUACCGGCGGGGCCCAGCUUGAGGCCGACCUGGAUGCAGCUGAUGCUUUAUCGGAAACUGCUGGGAUCACUCGCUUCCAAUGGCGUGGACGCUGAUACAGUAUUUGGGCGCUAUGAUCUGCAACCUCUCAGUCACUUCACGGAUACAUUCCUAGCCGAAUUCACUGGUUCCUCUGGGGAACUAUCCGAGCUCCAUUCUUACAACAACCUAUCUUCACUAUGGUCUCUCAUGGUCACCGAGUUCAGCGAGACGGUAGGCGCCGUUAGCGACAUCUUACGGGCUGAAUUCCGCUACUCGAGGUCUGGGGAGGUCAUUGGAAGCGAGCUCUUCGUCUACGACGCAGUCGCCAUUGACGAGUACACCUCCAAGGAGAUGAGCUGGUGGAAGGGCAAACGUGAGGCCGUCGGCGUCGAAGUGGAAGAGGCUUUCAAAUGUAGAGUGUGCGACUUCGCCGAAGAAUGCACCUGGAGGAAGAACAAGAUCGAGGAAGCUACAGAGAAGCACAGGCAGAGGAUUGCCGCCAGGACACAUGCUGCCCUCAAGGGAUGACAAUUCCCCGCAUUACUUCAUACCGGUUCGCUUCAUCACUCCAAGCAAGGAC